AAUUCUUCCGAUUCUUCAUCCGAUCUUCGAAGAUACCAUUUUGCUGCGCACUUCAAAAAUCCUGAUCCUGAAAACACUGAAAACACUCUGAAAUGGAUAUCUUCUCGGACCUCCCAGCUCCUGCAAUUGAAUGCCCCAGUCUUCAUGGUCCAAGUAAUACAAAUAGGGCUGAAGUUCAUUCAGUUGAACCUGAUAAAACAGAUGUUAAGGUAUCCACAAAUGAUGCAGUGGACAAGGAAAAACAAGAAACUGCUUCAUUAUGCCAAGCUGAAUUUGGACAACAAGGGAGAGACGAGGAGAAGGUAUCUCUAAAGAGAAAAUCAAUCGAUGAGCAAGGAGACCAAGUAUCUGUCAAACGACUUGCUUCAGGAGUGUGCAAUCUACGUGGCUACUUCGCAGAACGAAAAGGAGAGAGAAAUGAAAUGCAGGAUAAGCAUGUCAUUCUUGAUGACUUCACGCAACAGUUCUCAAUUCUUCCCUCUACUGUUUCCCGCCUGUCUUUUUACGCUGUCUAUGAUGGACACAGUGGGGACAAGGCAUCAGCGCAUGCAGCAAAGACGCUCCACAAACACAUCAUCAGUAAAUUCCCAAAGACGGAGAUGAUGAACCAGGACAAAGAGAUCAAGAAGUGCCUCAUUGAUGCAUUCAGGGUCACUGAUGAAGAGUUUCUCAAACAGGCCUCAGCAAGUAAGCCUGUAUGGAAGGAUGGUUCGACAGCGGUCUGUGUUCUUGUGGUGAAUGACACACUCUACAUAGCCAACCUUGGGGAUAGUAAGGCCUUCCUUUGUCGCUACAACCCUGAGACAGAGAAGCAUCAGUUCCUACCACUCUCCAAGGACCACACUCCAACCCAGUAUGAGGAGAGGAUGAGGAUACAGAAAGCUGGUGGCACUGUAAGGAAUGGAAGAGUAAUGGGUAUUAUGGAGGUAUCACGGUCAAUCGGUGAUGGCCGCUUCAAGCAUUGCGGGGUCAUCUCGACUCCAGACAUCAAGAAGUGUCAACUUGGAGACAAUGACCGCUACAUCCUCCUUUCCUGUGAUGGAUUAUGGGAAGGUUUUGAUGCAGACACCGUCAUGCAAUUCACCAAUCAAAUGCUAGACGGAGAGAAUGCCAAGCAAUCAGAAGGAAAGUCUAAGGAUGAUGUUUUGUUUGAGACAGCAUGUAAUAGACUGGCGUCGGAGGCUAUACGGAGAGGCAGUUCAGACAACAUAACAGUCAUCUUGGUGAACGUUAAGAAGAGCUAGGGGCAAGUACAGGAGUUUAUUUGAUAAUUAUUUAAUUGUUUUGUCUGAGUAACUAACUCCUGUGGCUCACUGAAUAGAAAGUACUUGCAAUGUAGUCACCCUAGAGAAGAUACAGGAGGUAAAGGUUUGCGAGCCUGCUUAUUUGGCGAAAAGUGUUGUUAUCCAUAUCCCCUCAUCUCAUUUCUCAUGUCUGGGCUAACUCAUCACCUCAAAUCUAUGAUUCAUUUGUCUUAUGUCACUACAAGACUUAGAGCAUACUGCAUAGAGCCAAGAAAAUACAUGCAUAUGGUAAAGCACUGGUCCUUGUCUGCACCCAAAAUUUAGGGUGUUGCUUUCUUAAGUAAUAUCUUCGCAAAGUCUGCAGCAAGUUUGGCAAUAAGACAUCGACCAAGAGAUGAAUGCUAGUCAUAAAGCAAGGUUCCGUGCCUGUUAUGAAGAGAAAGAAUGCUCCAUUAGUUUAACAUGUAUGUGUCAAUAACAAUAUGUGAUUGUGUGUAUUUUUAAGAAGUCACCUGGGGGUUGUAACGUAAAAAGAAACAAUUAAUAUUAAUAAUUGUUGUUACAUUUUGUACAUGAUACGCUAUAGACUUGCAGUUAUGCCUAAUUGUACAAUUGAUGAUAUAUUUUAUAAUACAGACCCCAGAAAACUAAGGUGGAAUAGUAGAUCACAACUUUAUUAUUUUCAUGUGAACAGAACAGUUAGUGUACAUCUUAAUCAGCAUCACGCAAAUUAACAUCUACAUUCUCACUUCUAAACUUAACCUUGUAGUUAAGACUUGGAGGUGCUUGGGUGCCUCAAGAGAGAAUGUGAUUGUUCCAGUAGUAUGUGUAUGGAAGUAUUAUUUGAACAUUUGAAGGUAAUUGCCAAUUGGUCACAACUUAUGUUGUCUACAUGUACUUUAUGUUUGGUCUUGUCCCACAUGGUCUAAUCUUAGUUCAUCCACAACCAGUUCAUCGACUAACCAUUUGGUCUAAUUCCCAUUGUGUCUAUUCAUCAAUUGUCUAAUUUUCAGUUUGCUUUACCCAUUUCAUCUGAUAUCCACUUGAUUUAAUGUAUUGUUGUAAGUGAGAGCCAAAACGAAGUCGGAAAUCAGAUCAGCAGUUCAGCUCCCAAAAUGGAAAUCAAU